AUGUGGCAGUUGCCCGGACCAAUGGGACUUCCACUGCUUGGCGUAGCUGUCAAUAUUAUUAUGAAUAAACGUAAAAUGAGCCUACGAGGCCAAUAUAUGGACCACUAUGGCUCGACCAUUUUUUCCUGGCUCGGACCGGUGCCAAUUUUGGUUACUAGGGAUCCAAAAAUAAUAAAGGAUAUCUUAACAUCUUCCGACUGCCUCAACAAGUCCUUGUCCAUGGUUAAUGCUAUGGGUAAUUGUAUUGGAUUCGGAUUGGUGACUUUGCGAGAACCUAAAUGGGAUGUUCGUCGCAAGCAGAUUAAUCCCGCAUUCAAACACAGUGCCAUGCUCAGCUUUAUUCCCGUUUUCAAUGAUGAGUCAAAGACAUUAGUUACCUUUAUGGAUACUUUUGUGGGUCAAGGGGAAAAGGAUGUGCUUCCAGAUAUGCUCCGAUGGUCCUUUAGAACAGCCAUAAAAACGACAAUUGGAUCUGAUAUGCAAGAAGAUGAAAACUUCAAGGAUGAUAAACUAUUGCAAAGCUAUCAAUCAAUUAUAGGUCUGAUUACGAUCAACGUAAUCAUGCCCCUGGUUCAAAACAAAUUUAUCGCAAAACUCUGUGGUUUUGAGAAGAAGAGAUUGAAGCAUGUCUUGAUGAUUAAUAAAACCCUUCAAAACAUUAUUGAUAAAAAACUAAAAUGCAAGGAAGAAAAUAAUACAGCAAGCAUUUCUAACACUGUGAUCAACCGAGCAAUUGACCUGUUUCGAAAUGGCGAUGUCAGCUACGAAGAAGUGAAAAGUGAAUGCAGUAAUAUGGUUUUAGCUGCAUUCGAGACUACAGGCCUUACAGUUUGGCACACUAUGAUUUUGCUGGCCAUGUUCCCCGACUGCCAGGAUAUAGCAUUUGAAGAACUUAAGAAGGUCUUCCCAACAAACGGCGACUUUGAAGUGACCGACGAAGACCUACAUAAAUUGGAGUACUUGGACCGCGUAUUGAGUGAGACCUUGCGGUUGAUACCACCUAUUCCCGUUGCCCCAAGGGAAACUUCCGGAGAUCUCCACCUUUCUAAUGGAGUUACCAUUCCCAAGGAAGUCGUAAUAGCCAUCGACAUUUUUAGUACUCACCGCAACCCGGAUAUUUGGGGCUCAGAAGCAGAAAGAUUCAACCCAGAUAACUUUCUGCAGGAAAACAUCCUCGAAAGACAUCCCUACGCCUACAUUCCAUUCUCAAGAGGAAAAAGAAAUUGCAUAGGUUGGAAAUAUGCACUGAUGUCAGUCAAGCUCGCAUUAGCCAAGAUACUCAGGAACUACAAGAUAAGCACUUCUUUCCGAUAUGAGGAUCUUGUUUUCGUUGACAAUACGGCCAUGAAGUUGGCACAGUCUCCAAAAUUGCAGUUUGAAAGACGGAACUAA